UUGACUCCCUUUCUGCCAACUCAGACACAUCCUAUUGGUCCUUGCUGUGCACCCGAGUCACAGGGAAGAUUAGCCUUCUCCACCGCCUCAGGUUGAUUUUUUUAUUCCUCUUUUAGUUAUCUUAAGCCCUAAUUUCGAUUGACCACCUCACUAUUUCGGUUAAACAGAAAUUCGAGAACCAAGAUUGAAUAUCUGCAUAAUCCUUUUCAUCAAUCGCUUAUACUCCGAACUCAUACCCUUAAGAAGACGGUGGUGAUGUCGGAGAAGUUUUCAGCUACGUUAAGAAUUGGCGAUUUGAACGAUUUCAUAGCACCGUCGCAGGGUUGUGUAAUUAAAACUGAGAAUGUAGGGAAAGCAAGGAUUGCUCCUAAAGUAGAUAAAACUGAGCCCGUGAAGAUCUCGCUCAAAGACUGCUUAGCGUGCAGUGGGUGCAUAACAUCUGCAGAGACGGUUAUGCUCGAGAAGCAGAGCUUAGAUGAGUUUCUUUCUAACCUUGACAAAGGAAAAGCUGUAAUUGUCUCCCUUUCUCCUCAAUCUAGAGCUUCUCUUGCUGUUCAUUUUGGCAUUUCUCCCCUUCAGGUUUUUCAAAAGCUUACAACAUUUUUGAAGUCUUUGGGAGUGAAAGCCGUAUUUGAUACAAGCAGCAGUAGGGAUUUGACACUUAUAGAGUCUUGUAAUGAAUUCCUAACACGAUAUAAACAGAGUAAAUCAGCUGAUGAUAAGAAGUCGAAAUCAGCCCUUCCUAUGAUUUCAUCUGCAUGUCCAGGCUGGAUAUGCUAUGCCGAAAAAACACUUGGAUCAUAUAUUCUUCCACAUAUUUCUUCAGUGAAAAGUCCUCAACAAACAAUUGGAGCUGCCAUUAAGAACCACCUGUGCGAAAGAUUAUCUAUUAGGCCAGAGGAGGUAUAUCAUGUCACCGUGAUGCCUUGUUAUGACAAAAAGCUUGAGGCUGCUCGGGAUGACUUUAUAUUCCAGGUGGAUUCUGAUGGUGAAAGAGUUACAGAGGUUGACUCAGUUUUGACAACUGGAGAGGUUUUAGAUCUAAUUCAGUUGAAAGCAGUUGAUCUUACAACCUUGGAGGAAUCUCCAGUUGAUAACCUAUUGUCAAACGUAGAUGAGGAAGGUAAUCUAUAUGGUGUCCGUGGAAGCUCUGGAGGAUAUGCUGACACAAUACUACGAAAUGCUGCAAAGGUUGUUUUUGGAAAGGAAAUUGAAGGUCCUCUUGAGUUUAAGACGAUAAGGAAUGCAGAUUUUCGCGAAGUGACUCUUGAAAUAGACGGUAAAAUUGUGUUGAGAUUUGCACUGUGUUAUGGGUUUAGGAACCUCCGUAACAUUGUUACGAAAAUAAAAUCUGGGAAGUGUGAAUAUCAUUUCUUGGAGAUUAUGGCAUGCCCUUCAGGAUGCCUAAAUGGUGGCGGUCAAAUCAAACCCAAACCUGGGCAAUCUGCAAAAGAUUUGAUUCAAGUGUUGGAGACAACAUAUUCUGAAAAUGUAUUGGUGGCCAAUCCUUUCGAAAACCCGGGAGUCAAAAGGUUAUAUGAUGACUGGCUUGGAUAUCCUGGUUCGGAGAAAGCAAAGAGACAUCUUCAUACAGAAUACCAUCCUCUCGUUAAAAGCAUUUCCUCUCAGUUGCAGAACUGGUGAGAAUUGUUCGAUUUUGGCUGAUGAGAUAUUCAGUUGACCAUGUGGUAAUAAGGUUCACUAGCACACGAACCCGUUCUUGUUCUUUUAGCUUUAUAGCAAUGGUGUUUAUACAACCUUUUUUUUUGUUUCCUUUUUUGGUAGUCAGAUCAUGUCCAAUAGGAAUCCAAUUUUGUUAGGAUAUUUUCUGUAUAGGUAAUUUGUCAAAUGUCAUAAAUAUGUGGUCUACCGAUCUUUUUAUUUAUAUUGAUGAACGAAACAUUGUAUAACUUAUUAUCCGAGCCAUCUCCUGUAAGCGAAGGUUCUUGACUUGUAAAGAUACGUUUCAUUGCUCCUAUUUCUGUAGAAUCGGUUUUUGAAUACGAUGUUGUUCGAUAUUUUUAAAUUUCAAAAUAUUGCUGA